UUACUCACUCCUUUCUCUUUUCAAAAGCCCCUUGUGAAGCAGAUUGACAGGCUAGAAUGAAAAUGAGGCGGACGCUCGGUCACGACUUCAGUGCGUACGCGUCCUUUUGAGAAGACCUCUAAACUUGGAUCAUAUCACCAUGGGAGCUAUUUGGGCUGCAAGGGACUUUUGUUUGUUUUUGCUCUUGUUAAAUAGUCGCCAAAGCGCAGCGCUUCCAGAGAUUCGAGCAGACCCAUGUGCAGAGGGAAGUGAUGGCUGUCACAUUGAUGCUAUUUGUCAGACUACCCAAGGCUCGUACAAAUGCACGUGUAGAGCAGGGUUUAAAGGAGACGGAAAACACUGCGAAGACAUUGAUGAAUGCGACCUGGAGUACAAUGGUGGCUGUGUACAUGAGUGCAACAAUAUACCAGGCAAUUACCGCUGCACUUGUCACGACGGAUUCAAUUUGGCACAUGACGGACACAACUGUCUUGAUGUGGAUGAAUGCAAGUUCAACAACGGUGGGUGCCAGCACACUUGUGUCAACACCAUGGGCAGCUAUGAGUGCCGCUGCAAAGAGGGCUUCUUCCUCAGCGACAACCAGCACACAUGCAUCCACCGCUCUGUGGAGGGCCUCAACUGUAUGAAUAAGGAGCACGGCUGCGCCCACAUCUGCAAAGAGACACCCAAAGGAGGUGUGGCUUGCGAGUGUCGUCCAGGGUUCGAGCUGGCCAGGAACCAGAGAGGCUGCAUCUUAACUUGCAACCAUGGCAACGGAGGCUGCCAGCACACCUGCGAGGACACGGAGAAUGGCCCCAUAUGCAGGUGUCACGUUAGGUACACCCUGCAACCCGACAAGAGGUCAUGUGUAGAACGAGAUGAAGCCACCACUGAGUCCGCAGACCACAACGCCACAUCCUUUACUGAGGUGGACAAACGGGUCAAACGAAGACUGUUAAUGGAAACCUGCGCGGUGAACAAUGGGGGGUGUGACUGCACCUGCAAAGACACAUCCACAGGCGUGCGCUGCAGCUGCCCUGUUGGCUUCACACUGCAGCCGGAUGGAAAAACAUGCAAAGAUAUUGAUGAGUGUGAGCAUCACAACGGCGGCUGCGAUCACUUCUGCAGGAACACCAUCGGCAGUUUUGAGUGCAACUGCAGAAAAGGUUUCAAGCUGCUGACGGAUGAACGCUCAUGUCAAGAUAUAGAUGAGUGUUUUUUUGAACGGACAUGUGAUCACACGUGUGUGAACUCCCCCGGUGGUUUUCAAUGUCUGUGCAACAAAGGCUACACCAUGUAUGGGCUGGCCCACUGCGGAGAUAUAAAUGAAUGCAGUGUGAACAAUGGCGGUUGUGAGCAGGGUUGUGAGAACACCCUGGGCGGAUAUGAGUGCUUUUGCCAUCCUGGCUUUAAGCUGCACUGGAACAAAAAGGACUGCAUUGAGGCUGAGGGGUUGCCACCUGCUAAACCCCCCUCUAAACCCACGCUGAACUGCAGUAAGCAAGAGGGAGGGGACCGCUGCUUCCUGACAUGCCAGUCCCAAGUUCAUAUCAGCAGUGGGACGGAGGAUUCCUACACGGUGACCUGUGGAAUGCCUCUGCCCUGCUUGGCUGACGCACAAAAGAACAACAGUGGCUUGCAUUGCUUAGGUCCAGAGAUGUCCAGCGUCCCACGCAUUAAGACCACAGCCACUUUCAGGUCCGGCACGGCAAAAUGCAAUUUAAAACGAAGUCAGGAGAAACUGAAGGAGAGCUUAAACUCAGCACACUCAGAUAGCAGGUUCCUCUUCACUGAAAAUGUCCAGUUCAGCUACGUGAGCCUGCGCUGCACCUCGUCCGGGCAGCGAACGCGCAGCCGCCACGGCAGGAAAGCUGGCGAGGAGGACGGCUCCUCGAUAACAGCUGAGUUUGAGCUGGAUGUGAACCUAGAGGAGGUAACAGCAGAGAGCUGUGACCUGAACUGUGUGCGCCGGCGCUCAGAGAAGAGGCUCAGGAAGACCAUCAGGACCCUCAGGAAGUCCAUCAACCGGGAACAGUUCCACCUCCACUUCGCCGGAUCUGAUUAUGAGCUCGCCAAGAGUCUGGGCAAGCCAGCAGAACUGCCAGGACACUGUUUGGCGGGACAGGUGCUGGUGGGCAGGAAGUGUGUGAGCUGCAGUGCUGGGACCUACUACGAUGGGGAUCAGGGAAGGUGUGUGUUGUGUCCCGCUGGAACGUAUCAGGAUGAGGAGGCACAGAUGUCUUGUGAGGUCUGUCCUGGACCUGAAGGAAGAGAAGUCUCCAAGGUGGUUGGAGCUCGAAACAUGUCAGAGUGUGGAGGUCAGUGUUCACCCGGUCAGUACUCUCAUGACGGCUUCGUCCCCUGCCUGCCUUGUCCACUGGGAACGUACCAGCCAGAGGUGGGACGCACCACCUGCUUCCCUUGUGGAGGAAACCUGGUCACCAAGCGCAGUGGUGCCAUUACCUUCCAGGAGUGUGAGACCAAAGUCCAGUGCUCUCCAGGACAUUACUACAACACCAGCACACACCGCUGCAUCCGCUGUCCCACGGGCACGUAUCAAGGAGAGUUCGGGCAGAACUACUGCGUCGCCUGCCCAGGGAACACCACCACUGACUUCGAUGGCUCUACUAACUUCAUGCAGUGCAAAAACCGACAGUGUGGAGGAGAGCUGGGAGAUUUUACCGGCUUCAUCGAGUCCCCCAACUAUCCUGGGAACUACCCAGCUAAUGUGGAGUGCACCUGGACCAUCAACCCACCACCCAAACGCAGGAUCCUUAUUGUCGUCCCAGAAAUCUUCCUGCCUAUUGAGGACGAGUGCGGCGAUUACUUAGUAAUGAGAAAAAGCUCUCUCUCCAACUCUGUCACAACCUACGAGACUUGUCAGACCUACGAACGUCCCAUCGCUUUCACCUCCCGCUCCAAGAGGCUCUGGAUACAGUUCAGGUCCAACGAGGGAAACAGUGGGAAAGGCUUCCAAGUCCCAUAUGUGACAUAUGACGAGGACUACCAGGAGCUAAUAGAAGACAUAGUCAGAGAUGGAAGAUUAUACGCUUCAGAGAAUCACCAGGAAAUUCUCAAGGACAAGAAACUGAUGAGGGCGCUGUUCGAUGUGCUGGCUCACCCACAGAACUUCUUCAACUACACAGCACAAGAAUCAAGAGAAAUGUUCCCCAAAUCCUUCAUCCGCUUCCUCCGCUCCAAAGUCCUGAGAUUUCUUCGCCCAUAGGAUGGGCAGUUUCUGGAUAUUUCAUGAAAACCCAGAUUAGAUCCCGAAGAGAAAGCAAAUAAGUCAAGCAACUGGACUUUAAACUGGAGCUUUAAGAGGGAGAAAUGAGUGUAGACCCACAUGGGCAUCCUCAUAUGCUUGUUUGGAAAAUUGGAAACAUGUUUUAAUUAGCAAGAGUUGAAUUAUGACCAUCUCAGGAUUCCAUGCUGUACAUGCCAACGUUAUGAGACAUUUGCUAAUAGCAUCAUAAUGAAAAACAAACGCUGUAGCUGAACAGAUAUAUGCUGAAUGUCAGUGUGCUGUAUAUAGAGUGUGUAUCUAGUUUUAACAUAGGCUACGUUCACAGUUAGAGCUUCAUUGACAGAAACACUGCUACAUAUCAGAAACAAAUAUAGCACAAAUGUUUUCUUGGGAACAUUAGCACUACUGAAGAAGUAGUGGCACCACAAAAGCAAUUAUUCUGAUAAAUGUUUUGUAUAUGAUGUAAAAAGUUUUAGGUGAAAUGCUAAUGUAUUGUAGCAACUACGUACAUUUUUGACAGUAUAGCACCGCUGCAAUCGCUGGUGGCCGACGUAUUUGAUGUUCCAAGGUGUGAGUGAGUGCGACUACACCAGUACGCAUCAGUAUAUUUUGUACUGUUACCUAGCAACCAAAGACGACUGUUAAGAGUACAUGAAAAGAAAAGUCCUGUAAAAUAGAAUUGAGCUAUUCACCUGUCUUAGAUGACACAUGUAUGUAUAUUUUUAUGGUUUUGUACAUCUAAUAUGCUGUAAAUAAAGAUAGGAAACUUA